CGGAAUGAAUUAAGUACUUAACCUGAGGUACCACUGUACAGGGAGCGUGUUCUCUGUGAAGGGGGAUUCCAUCCUGUGUCCCUGGGCUUGCCCUCUUGUGGUGGUACGGCCCAGGCGCAGAUUGACUAGCUCCCUAAGAACUAGGCCCAUAAGCCUGUUCUCCUGCCCCACACAAACACACACACAGCUGCUGCUUGGAACCAGCCCACAAGAGGGAUGGUUUGACGCCACAGUGGUCAACUUUGUGCCAUUUGCCUUGCCCAGGUACCUAUCAAAUGGAUGGCCCUGGAGUCCAUCUUGCGCAGGCGUUUCACACACCAAAGCGACGUGUGGAGCUAUGGUGUGACUGUGUGGGAGCUGAUGACUUUUGGAGCCAAGCCGUAUGAUGGAAUCCCCGCCCGAGAGAUCCCUGACCUUCUGGAGAAAGGAGAGAGGUUACCACAGCCUCCCAUCUGCACCAUUGAUGUCUACAUGAUCAUGGUGAAAUGUUGGAUGAUCGACUCAGAAUGCAGGCCCAAGUUCCGAGAACUGGUCACUGAAUUCACGCGCAUGGCCAGGGAUCCGCAGCGUUUCGUGGUCAUCCAGAACGAUGACAAAAUGGGUCUUGCCAGCCCCAUAGACAGCACUUUCUACCGCACUUUGCUAGAGGAAGAAGACAUGCAAGAUCUGGUGGAUGCCGAAGAGUACUUGGUACCCCACCAGGGCUUUUUCAAUGGCGAGGCAUCUGCAGACUAUCGCUCUAGGAUCCCCUCAACCAGGAGUACCACAGAGACUCCAAUGGAUGAGGAUGAACCCGAGCAAGCAGCUCAGUACCCCUAUUUGGGCCCGCCUCUCUUGGAAGAGCCAGGGGCUGUCAUCCCUGACUUGCUCGAAGGGGACUAUACAGGAAGCACUCUGCAGCGCUACUGCGAAGAUCCCACUGGUGCCUCGAUUAAUGAAAACGAGAGCCCAGAAGCUAAGAACUACAAUUCACCUGUGCCCUGCAGUAUGGUGCCAGAGUAUGUGAACCAGCCAGAAAACAGCCUUCCAUCCAGCAAAGGCCUUCGACCGCCAGGAUCCACCCUAGAAAAGCCAAAGGGUCACUUGGGCAAGAACGGGCUCAUCAAGGAACCAAAGAACGCCUUCCAUAACAGCAGCAGCUUCAGCAACGUGGUGGAAAACCCAGAGUACCUGACGCCCUGCAACCUCCCUCUGGCCGGCCCUUUGCCUCAGGCCUUUGACAAUCUAUAUUACUGGAACCAGGAGACUCCCAAGAGCAACCCAGCAGAAUUCUUUGCCGGCUCUGCCACUACGCCGACGGCGGAGAACCUGGAGUACCUAGGCCUAGCCGAGUCGGUUUCUCGCCCCAAGGACUUUGCGUGAGGACCCCUGUCACCACUGAAAACUAUUUUUGAUAUUUAGGCAGCUCAGGACACAAACGAACGAACUAUUAAUGCAUGCAAGAUGAGCGGGAUUCACUGAGGCCUUAGCACAGCCCUCUUGAGGCCUAGUAGGCCGCUCCUUCUCGUCCUGGCAGUUGGGCGAAAGCACUUUGUUUGUGACAAUCUGCUGUCAUGCAGUUUGGGCAACCCAGCCCAACUGUCAUUUGACAUACAGCAGGAAUGUACAACAGGUCGAUUGCUGGGGUGCAACAACUCUGGUGCAUCCUCCCCCCCAAAAAACUCAAAAACUGUGGGAAAUCCUCUCCCCAAAAAAGCUCAAGAACUCUUGGCAAUGACAGUGGGUAGAUCACUGCCAGUUUUUUAUACUGGGAGUACAUCGCAGUCUCUUGGGAGUUGGGACGUGCCUGACAUACAGGAAAAAAGGGCUGCUCUUCUGCCCCCUCCUCUUCUCCCUUCAAAUACGAGACAAAGAGGGUCAGACCACUGACUGGGCUAAAGAACUAAGAGGUGGAACGCUACUUUUUUUUGUUUAAGGUACAUUUUCAAAAAACAAACUUAAGGGUACUGACAUGGGGUGGGAAGGGGAGAACCAUGAGAUCGUGUGUUGUAAAAAAUGAGGGCAACGCAUGGGUGUCGCAUAAAAACGGUGGUGUGUUUUCUGUUAUUGGUCAUUUAAUGACAGUGGUAAAAAGGGAAUGUGCUUCCUUGACCUUCGGAUCGGGGCCAGGGGCACCUGCGUCCUUACAACAGAGUAAACUGGGUGUGUGUGUGUGGAAUUGUGAUGUUCCUUAAACACAAUAUCUUGGUGGUGUCUGGGGAGGAAGAAGAAAACAAUGUUGCCUAGUGGCGAGAGCCCCCUGUGGCAUUCCUUCCCACCCCUUUGCCCUCUCAAGAAGAUUCCAGAAGACGCAGGUGAGGAACUAAAACCAACUUCAUUUCUUGGCUUGGACAGCUUGGCAAACUGAGAACAGUUGAGCAUCUUAAUUAAGAGAGAGAAUAAUUUUGGAGUGCUUCCCUAAGAAAUAACACCAUGUUUUGAACUCUCUUUUUGUAUAGCGCCACAUUUUAUGCCCUGGUGGUUGUUGUGGCCCUGUUCUGAGGCAAUGGGUGAAAAGGGAAAAAGAGAAGCUAAGGUGGCAUGUUGUUUCAGAGGGGAGAGAGGUUAAGUCGCCCCAUAGAACCAAUAUGUAACAUGUAGGGGAACCUGUGGCCCUCCAGACAUGGCUGAACGACACCUCCCAUCAUCCCUGACCAUUGGCCAGGCCUGCUAGACAGUGCUGGCCCAAUAUAUUUUGGCACCUAAGACGAACCACAAAAUGGCUCACUCCCCUCCCCACCAUGGAAGAAGGGAUCAAUGAAGAUUUACAUCAGGAACAAGGGCGGGGGGAAUAAAGAUUGAUAUUGGGAUCUGCCACCUGAGGCAGUUGCCUCACCUUGCCUCUUGGGUGGGCCGGCUAGGGCUGCUAGGAGUUGCUGUUCAGCAACAUCUGGUGGGCCAAAGGUUCCUCACACCACUGGGUGGGGCUGGGUGCAUGCCUCCUAUUACAUUGGAGAACUGGAAACCCGCAGUGUGUAGCUAUGGGUGCAGCCAUUUAGCUUCCCGAGAACCAUAUUCCUUCCUUUUUGCUUUUUAAGAGAGAGAACUUGGCUAAUAUGUGCUUGAAAGUCUGUGGACAAUGCCUGCUGAAAUCUCAGAAGCCCAAGAGGGGUCUAAAUUAAGGUUUCCAGAGAUGGGAGAUGGACUCCGCUCAGCUCCUUCUUCUGUCCAUGACAAUCAGAAAUGCAGAAUAACUAUGCAAAAUGGGAGAAAUGGUGCAAAAUUGCUCCAUUCCUGUAAUUUAUACAGACUGAGAAACAAUGCACAAAGCCCUAAAGCAGGGCAAUGGUACUCAGUGAAUUAAUCUGUGAGGACUGUACUUUUUUAUCAAACUGCACUUUGCUCCCAGCUCUUGUAAAUGUUUUGUUGUCAUUCCUCACUCCCCCCUGCAGUUAUGUUGCUUUUUGGAUACCUAGCCUGGAGAAUUCUGUUGAAUGUUCCUUGGUUUUGGAAUCUGGCCACGUACCAAUCGCUCAUUACUUUGGGAGGGUUUCCGAAAGCAACUAGGACGGGAUGGUCCUUUUAACCUCAGCCAGCCAAAGACUGCUGGGAUGUAGAAGAAAAUGCAACAGGGGGCUUCUCAUGAAGAGUGGUGAGAAAAGCUACCACUGGCCUUUGAUCUAGUGCACCAAUCACCUUUUUUGUAGUCCUCACUGGUUUUCUGUGCCCUGCCUCUUUCUGGUAUAGAGGCAGCCCUACCAAUAAACAGGUGACAGCGGCUGCUUCAAUGUCUGGCUCCAGGUGCCAUUAAGGGCGGCAGAAAUUGAGAUGAUAAAUCCAACUGGCACAAUUCACUGGGAAGUUCUCCUGUACAAACCUCAUUGCAGCAGAUGGGCUUUCAGUUAAGUCUUGUAGAGCGAAACAUCUCUGGGGAUGUUCAACAAAGACACAUGCACACAUUGAUAGUAUGUGGUAAGAACAUAAGAAGUGUCUGCUGGAUCAGGCCAGUGGCCCAACUACUCCAGCAUCCUGUUCUCACAGGGGCCAACUUGGGAGAAACACACAAAUCAACAUGAGUACAGCAACAUUCUCCCCAGUUGUGGUUUCCAUUAAACUGGUAUUCAGAGGCAUGAUGUCUGUAUUGUAGAGGCUAUUUGGAUUUCCUGCUUCCCCUACUAAAGUUUCUUGAGCCAGCUCAAUGGGAGGAACAAUGGUGUGUUCCUCAGUCUCCUUACAUGUUGAGCUUAGCUGAUGAGAGUCACAGUCCAAAUAAUCCAGACAGCACUAGGUUAUAGUGGCACUAAGCUUGGGCCCAAUGCUCCCUAUUCCGUUGCUUCCAUUUCUGUCUUGUCAAGAUGGUGGACUCAAUUAUUGUCUAAAACAAUGUGGAAUGUUUGCUGUACCUACAGCCAGUCAGUCCCCAUCCUUCCUCAGGAAGCAGAAUUUGGGAAAAAAAUUAACAGCACAAGGGACGUGGAAGUAUGAAUUUUGCAAAGAAACCAGGGAGCCAUCUCAGUCAGGGCAAACUGCCUGAGGAAGAAGCCCUCUGGAGCUGCCCCUCCUUGCAUGCACAAAGGUGAGGGGAGCUACCGUUAGCAUCAACUGAAGGAACACGUUUAGACUUGGUUUGUGGUGUGGGAGAAGGUGGGGAAAUGACUUGUGCCAUUUCUAAAGUUUGUUCCGCCCCGACCCCUUGCCCUGUUCAAUCUCUCUCUCUCUCUGAAACCUGUGUUUUCCAGCUUGUGGGUACAUUGAAGGUAUUCUGCUGUGGGUGACUUUUAAAAGAAUCAGUUGUGUCAUAAGUAUUUGUAUAUCUGAGAAUUGUACUGUACAAUGGUUUUCAUUUUCUACA